UGCUGAUGGAAGCAAUGAUGAAAUCGCUGAAGGAUGUGGAGGUUGAAACUAAUCAGAACAAAGAACCUUACAGGACCAAUACAGAGAACACUGAAGAAAAAGAAGACAAUGCUCCAUGUAGAACAUCGGAUUCUCUGCCAGGACCUGUAAAUGGUUUCGUCCCUGGUGCUUCGCCCAAAAUGAGUCAGAACACAAACGACGCCAUUGAUUUGUCAUCACGUACAAAGGCAACAGUGACUGUGGUUGGACGUAGUAGUACAUCAGGAAACGUUUUAGAUGGGUUGUUACGCCGAUGGGAUCUUAAUUUCUUCAAAAGUAGAUAAUUCCAUUAAGUUGUGUGUUUUGGUUUGUGCAAAAUAGAAUGGAAAGCUAAAAUGUUUAAAGGUUUGUCAUAACAAAAUAUCUUCUGGUUAUGGUUUAUAUGAUUUUAUUUAUAUG